UUACCGUACAUUUAAUGUCUAUAAUAAUGAUGACAAUGAUAUUUUUGAUUCGAUCAAAUGAAGCAUCAAUGGGUGAAAUGAUGAUGAUGCAGAUUGGACCUAUUCGUAAAUUGAUGCUACUUAAACAUCUAAUGACAAUGAUUUGGAGUAAACAUAUGGGUAGCAGUGGUAAAAAAUGUUAUGGUCAAAAAUAUGGCAGUUAUAUGAAAGGUGGUGGUUAUAUGAAAGGCGGUGGUGGUUAUAUGAGUGGUGGUCGAGGAAAAUACAGCGGUGGCAAAAAACGUGGGAAAAGUGGUGGUAGAUAUAAUGGAUCAAAUGGAUACAGUGGCGGUGGUGGACAAUCUUAUAGUGGAUCCGGAGGCGAAAAUUACAUGGGCGGUGGCGGACAAUCUUAUAGUGGUUCUGGUGGAGACAAUUAUGGCGGCGGUGGGCAAUUUUAUAGUGGAUCCGGGGGUGAUAAUUACAUGGGUGGUGGUGGACAAUCUUAUAGUGGUUCUGGUGGAGACAAUUAUGGCGGGGGUGGACAAUCUUAUAGUGGAUCCGGAGGCGAAAAUUACAUGGGCGGUGGUGGCCAAUCUUAUACUGCAUCCGGGGGCGAUAAUUACAUGGGUGGUGGUGGACAGUCUUAUAGUGAAUCUGGUGGAGACAAUUAUAGCGGCGGUGGCCAAUCUUAUAGUGAAUCUGGGGGCGAUAAUCACAUGGGUGGUGGUGGACAAUCUUAUGGUGAAUCAGGUGGCGAUAAUUAUGGUGGUGGUGGACAAUCUUAUGGGGAAUCAGGUGGAGAUAAUUAUGACAGUGGCGGAAAAUCUUAUGGGGAAUCAGGUGGAGAUAAUUAUGACAGUGGCGGACAAUCUUAUGGGGAAUCAGGUGGAGACAAUUAUGACAAUGGCGGACAAUCUUAUGGGGAAUCAGGUGGAGACAAUUAUGGUGGUGGUGGAUCAGGUGGCGAUAAUUAUGAUGGUGGAUCUAAUGAUGCAGGCCCUACACGUACAUUAGAAGAAACUUAUGGCGCCGGAAUUGAUUUUACUGGUGAUUCUGGCGUUGGGUAUGGGGGUAUUGGUGACACCAUGAAAAACGUAUUUCUGGGCGAUGGGAAGAUUGGAGGUGGUAACCAAGAAUACCAUGGGGGAGGCGAUAAUCAUGGAGAAUCCGGAAGUGGUGAUAACUAUGGUGGACCAGAUAUUAAUUCCGGAGAAAGAUAUGCUGCCGGUACAGCAACAGUUGAAAUAAAAUAUCCGGAUGCUAUAAUGAAAAACCUAAUCAUUCGUGAUAAAAAUAUACAGCCAAUUACAAGAAUACCAACUAUCAUACAUCGAAAUGUUGAAUUACCACCGGUUUAUAAAAAAGCUACAACACAUCAUACUACUAGUGAUGAACAAUUAAGACGGGUAAUUGUGAGAAAAAUCAAUGUCAAUAAUAUCAAUCAAUUGAGUGAAAUCAUUCGACCAAAACAAUUAAUAGAUGCAUUCGAUGCUAAUGAACAACAACAUGUAUCUAGUUCAAAUCAAAGAUUUGUUGUAGUGGAUAAAUUAGCUGGAAAAAAGAUUCAGCCACUAGAAGAUCAAGAGAAAAAAUUUACCGAUCUAAAUAUUGAUUGGAAUCAAUUAUCCGAUGUGAUACAAACGGCAACUGAUGCCGUGAAGAAAUCCAUAAAUCAUCUAAACAAUAAUCAUCAUCAUCUUCAUCAAUCAUAUGUAUCGAAAAUAAUACCCAUACCAAUUGCAAUGAUAACGACAAAAAAGAAAUCAUCAACAAUGAAGAUUAAUAAAUAAUCGAUAAAUGAUCUAAGUCUUUUCAUCAUCAUCAUCAUCAUCAUUCUCUUUAUUAUUUUAUUUAAUAAUUAUGUAAAC